AUGUCCUCUUUCGACAGUAUCAACCAGAAUGUCUUCGGAUUCACAGCACUGGUCGUCUCACUUGUGGCUUUGAUCACCACGGUUCUCCAAGUUCUCCAGCAGUAUUUCUCGAGCGCUGAAGGAUAUCGAAGAUGUGCGGUAUCAGUGAUGGGCGAUUGGUCAAAAGGGACACAUCGGAAGCUUGUUGCAAGGGAAUUCAGAGUAGAAGUCGUUUUCGAAACGCCUGUGAUCUUCGUGGCCCCUCCAACAAACCAAUUCGGCCCCAUCCCCAAUCGAAAGAUACAUUACAUUGAUGGCAGUGACGAGUCAUAUACGAAUACCCGCGUCCUCAAACCAAUAGCCCAGAAGAAGGCGGAUCAGGAAGCUGGGACCCGAGUACAUACAGCUGAUGACGAACGAGCAUCAUGGCUGACCCUCCUCUCGAUGCUCCAGCGAGCCGAAAACGAUUCUCGAGUAUGGGACAACGAGACGCGGACGAAAUAUGGCCCUCCCAGAACCAUUCGAGACCUGCCAACACCUAAGCACCAAAUUGCUGUUGGCCUACAGAGCAAGACCCGGUCCUGGGACUUUAUCCCAUCUUCUAUCACCAAACCAUACGCCACCACGGCAAUCUGCCAUCUAGUGGAGAUUAUGGCAAUGAUGGGAAUAUACUGGAAAGUUUUUGAUCAGAUUUUAUGGAAUUUAAGAGCGGAAGGGAACGGGUUCAUCUUGACCUCAACCACUGUCCAUGGCCUUGGUGUUAUGGUUGUAUUUGCUGUCACUGGAAAAUCACAGUUCACUACCAAACGGGUUAUUCCUUGCAACGAGGUGAAAGAACUAGCGUUUGGCACGGUACCCAACAUCUUUGAAGAUAACGAAUAUCUACUGCGGGAGAAGGAGGCCCAGAGUCUUGAACUCGUGUUCGGAAAUAGCGAAGAAGUUAGAUCAACUCUGGAAUCCCUCGGCUGCAGCGCAGCAAUGUGUGAACGGUAUGAGCAAGAUCGCAAGCACAUAUUUUCGAUCUCCUUCGAAAUUAUCGGCAUGCUUGGACGGGUCAUUCGAAUCCGGGGAAGUAAUUUUAGAAUGAUUCCUAAUCCCACACCCGACUCAUGGCUCAAGGAGAACGGCCAAAGAGCCGCGUGGAAAAUCACGCGCUUGAUGGAAGUCUUCCAAGAGAAGGUGGCUGGGCUCAUAGACACAGAGGGUCUCGAGGAAGGCCACCCAGUUCAUUCCAUAUCUCAAAGCUGGAAGGCAAUCUCUGAGAUGGGCUACAAAGACGAAAAAGAGUUACCCCUCGAAGUUCGUGAAGCGAUCCACGAUGCGCUGGACGAGAGGACAACUUAUUUGCUCUCCCUCAAGCAAACGGUCGUUCUCAGCGUUGUCGUAGCGCACCUAUCAAAAGUUCUCGAGGUCCUUCAAGACCAAAAUUCACCCCUAAACAAUAUCGUGCUAGCCAAUAAGGAGGAUACUCUGCUAAGUUAUUACUUCUCCCAUAUCCGACCAGCCGUCAUUGGGAACCUGGAUACGCUGGGAAACCCGCUAUCUAAGGAAGAAAAGGAACAGCGGGAUACGAUAUGGAUCUCGCUGAUCUUUCGAAUGCUGUGUUGGCUCCUCCUGCACGAUUUUGAUAAAUCUGAUGUUAGAGUUGUUCCCGCCGAUAUGAAGGGAAGUAGGAUGCCGAUUUAUAUUGGUUGA